CCACCAAACGACACAAUGAUCAGGCUCCUGGCUCUGUCGUGUUUGCUGACGCUGGUGGCUGCUGGCCCCAGGGUGCUCACAAGGGCAGAGAUCGAGGAGUACAAGACGAUCCUGGAGAAGACCAGAGAAGACGAUGGCUUGACCCUCGAGGACCGCAUGGAAGCCCACCCCCAGUCAAACUCCUGGGAGAACAGCGGCAAGUUCGAAGGUGACAUCUUCCUGGACGAUGACCUGAUCGAAGAUUUGGUGGACAACUACGCCACUGGAGACGACGAGGGCCGCAUGGCGUACAUCAGACCUAACAGCCGUUGGCCGAGCAACACCGUCGUAUAUGAGUUUGGAGCCAAUGAAUUCAACUUGGAUCAGCAAAGGUACAUCAUCCAGACCAUCAACCUGCUCCAGGAGCGCACGUGCGUGCGGUUCCGAGUCAGGAACAACAACGACCGUAACUUCGUCAGGCUCACUGGAAGGCCCACUGGUUGCUACGCUAGCGUGGGCUUCCACCAAAACAGGGGCAUCCACACGUUGAACUUGGCUCGAGCGCAGCCAGGCUGGGGCUGCUUCAACUGGGUCGUCAUCGUGCACGAGUGGUAUCAUGUGCUCGGCUUCUUCCACAUGCAGUCCACCUACAAUAGGUACAACUACGUCAGGAUCCACUGGGAGAACAUUGAAAGAGGCAUGGAACACAACUUCGACCGCUACGGGAACGACAUUACCUCAAACUUGGGUCUACCUUACGAGUACAGCAGCUGCAUGCACUACGGAACCCACUUCUUCAGCAGUAAUGGACGCCCCACUCUUUCCACUACUAGGCAUUACGGCGGCGUAUUAGGUCAGACCCACAUGGUGACUGGGCUCGACAUCUGGCGUCUGGCCCGGCACUACAACUGUCCCGGGGCUUGGAGCGCCGCCGCUGAGAUGAAGGCCCGGACCACCAACUACGUAAUGGAAGACGGACAGGUGGUUGAGAUUUCCGCAGACAACAAGUUCGCUGAUGAACUGGAACUGCUCGAAGAUAAUGACCAGGUGUAAUGUUAGGAUUUCUGUCUGAAUAAAAAAAUAUUCCACUCCA